AUGACCAUCGUUGAACACUGCGAAGAGCUCUCUGUACUGGAACCUCGUGCCCGCCUUUCCGAUCACGCGCAUAUUGAGAGAUCCUCCAACGGCCACCAUCCCAAUUCUAAGCCUUACUUAACCGCCGGGAACACGGCUAGACUGUUUCUAAAGAACGAGCCCUGUGACCACAGAGUGCUGGCAGAGCCGGACUCAUACCAUGCCAUCGUCGCCCGCCACCACGAGACAUCUGACUAUGGGUUCGAAAACCUCCGAGACUAG